AUGUCUCAACUUGAAACAGAUCUCCUGGAAUCCUUAUCCGCUGAGCUCUCUCAGAAGCUGAAGGAUAACGAAGAUCAAUCCUUGCUGGAGAUAAUACGGCCGAGUUUUGCGUCUCAGUUUGCUCAGGAUGCUCCCGAGUUGGCAAAAUUCCGCGAGGCCAUGGCGCAGAGCGAUUCGAUGGAUGACAUGCAAUUCCUACGCAGCUUCCGAGAAUGCAUUCCCACCACAAACUAUGAAUCUUACAGGCCAUUCAUAGCAAAGUUUUUCGCAACCCCUUGCAAGGAGGAUGACGUCAAGAAUAUGUUCGCCCCAGGACUGCCCUACUUCUUCGCCAUGUCCAGCAUGACAUCUGGUAAAUCAGUAAAGACGUUUCCGAGAUAUCGGCCUCCCCCGCACCUGUUGCAACAUCCUCUAUAUUUGGCGCUUCCCCCGUCAGAUGGAACCACCUUAUCACCAGCUUCUAUGAGAUAUUCGCAAAUCCUAAAAAUAGAUUGCGAGGACGGUCAGUCCAAGGAGAUAACAGUCUGCUCGUUGAGCAUCGGGUUUCUGCGAAUGGCAAUGAACUGGGAUGCCGAGCAUGACAAAGAGAGACUCGACUUAUGGGUGCCAGGGCAAACAGAUCCAUACGCGAUUUCCUUGGUCAAGAGCUAUCGAGCUUUCUUUGUUCUGAAUGCUCUGUUUGCACUGGCAGACCGUCGGGUGACAACCAUCCGCUUCUUCUUUGCCAAUGUAUUCGUCAAUUUUCUGCAAUAUAUAGAGGAUGAGUGGUCUUUGCUUGUCGACUGCAUCGAGAAGGGUAUCAUCCCGGACAUCGAAAACCUUGGCCAUUUGCGAGCACCUUUAGAGAAACUUUUUAAGCCAAACCCUCUUCGUGCUGCCGAACUUCGCGAAAUUGGGCCUCCUGGCAUCCAGGGUUGGGCAGUCCGAGUGUGGCCUGACUUGAAGAGGUUCGUUGGUAUCACCGGAGGUCCUGCUGCUGCCGCCGUUUCCAAGGCAUUCACACACAAGAUUGCUCACGUCCUCGGCCCUUCUAUCCCCACCCAAGCUACUGGUUAUGGCAGCUCAGAGGGUAGCAUGGCCACACCAUACCACAAAGGCAAUCUUAACGCUGACUACAAGCUAAUGUUUGUGGACGUGUUCACCGAGUUUCUGGACGUACGUUCCAACGAGCCAUCGGAGCGUGUAUUGUCUGCUCAUGAACUUGUAACUGGAGGACAUUACGAGCCCGUCUUGACGACUCGCAAUGGCUUGUGGAGAUACCGCAUUGGCGAUGUUGUAGCCGUUAAAGGCUUUGCGCCAGAUGACGGAUUACCUAUUAUCAAUUACCUUCACAGGCGAGAUGGCGGACUUAUGAUGGCAUUCGGAACGACGUGUACCGAGUCGCAAUUGACCAACGCCAUCGUCUCUGCCGCCAAGCGAUCAAUUGGCCAAAUCGUAGAUUUCACCAUUGUCGGCGACGAACGAGACACACCUAUUACUUAUGGGUACUUGAUAGAAAUUGGAGGUGAAAUAGCAAAUGACACGAGAAUGGCGACACAACAUACUUUUGAAGAUCUCAUGGCGGCAAACGAUGAAUAUCGCACUGCUUUCUGGCAAGGCCGAGCAAGAAGGCCAACCAUCCGUCUUGUGGAGAAAGGCACCUUCGCAGAAUAUCGCCAGCAGAAGUGCGACAAGACGAAUGUCUCGAUAUCCCAGGUGAAGGUUCCCAUCGUCCUAUCCGACCUCACGUUUAGGGAAUGGCUCCUGAGCAAAGUUAUAAUUGAGCUGUAA